AUGGGACUGCCGGAAACACAGGAAUACAUUAAUCGUCUGAAGAAGGCGGAGAAAUCCAAGGAGGCCCGUGAACAGCGCCAACUUUCCGCAUCCAACAGGCAGCCCAUUUCGGUUGGUGUUUUGGGUCAGCUCAGUGAUAGCAAGGAAAAUGUAGCCAGCACGGAGAGUGGAGGCAAGUCGAGCUAUAUGCACUGUGUAGUUGCCUGCUUUUUGUUAAAGAGAUAA